GUUGUUACUAAAUCCCUUCUUGUUCAUUAUACUUUUUAUUGUUUGUAUCAACUGUAAUAAAAACAAGGUGUCUGCUGUCAGGACGGAAGAAUGGCAACGAAAAAGAAGCAGAUCCUUUGUGUUGGCUUAGUUUGUUUGGACAUAAUUAAUGUGGUUGAUAAAUUUCCAGUGGAAGAUACAGACACACGAUGUCUGUCUCAGAUAUGGCAACGGGGUGGGAAUGCUUCCAAUUCAUGCACAGUUCUGGCAUUACUUGGUGCUCCAUGUGGAUUCCUAGGCUCCCUGACACCUGGGCAUGUUUCAGAUUUCAUAACAGAUGAUUUUCAAAGCAGAGGUAUCAACAUAUCGAAUAUUGUAUGGCAACAAGCGGGAAUCACGCCUAGUGCUUGCUGUAUCGUGAACCUUUCCAGUGGCUCUCGGACAGUCAUAGUAUCUGACAUGAAUUUAUGUGAUGUUACCUCAGAUGAUUUCAGGAAAAUUGAUCUUUCCCUAUACCAAUGGAUUCACUGGGAGGGCCGAAAUGCAUCUGAGCAAGUUGCUAUGAUACAGCAAGUUGAACAGUACAAUGUCACUGUGUCAGCAGAGCUGCGAAUUACCACCUCUGUGGAGAUUGAGAAAACAAGAGAAGAACUUUACCAACUCUUUGGGCACGGAGACUUCGUUUUCAUCAGCAAAGACGUUGCCAGACAUUUUGGGUUUAAUUCUGCAUCAGAAGCUGUAAAAGGACUUUACAACCGAGUAAAGCCAGGUGCCUACUUAAUCUGUGCCUGGGCUGAGCAGGGAGCUGAUGCAAUGGGUCCUGAUGGUGUCUUUCAUUCAAACGCCUUUCCUCCUGAAAAACUUGUCGAUACCCUUGGAGCAGGAGAUACAUUCAUUGCAGCUGUACUAUUUUCAUUGUACAAUGGCAAAUGUAUUCAGGAAUCAUUGAUAUUCGGUUGUCAAAUCGCAGGGAGAAAGUGUGGAAUUCAAGGAUAUGAUGGAAUUGUAUGAUUGGAGAAAUGAAUAUUCACAGAUCAUUGAAAUAAGAAAGGUCUACUAAGGAAUCUGGUUAUUCUUGCAACUUUGUAAAUAUAUUAAAAUGAUUUUGAUGAUUUCCUUUGAUUUUGAAAUAAAUACAAACAAUCAGGGAAGGAAUAGACGAGUGGCAUUAUCGAUAGACUGUUAAUCCAGAGAC